CCCAAGUGUGAAACCCGAGCUUGUUCCUGGGAGGGAGGGCCCUGUGAAUGGGGCUGGCAGAGCAGGGGUGCUGCUGCAGGCCCAGAGUGGAAGGACGUGGCAGUCUACAGUCAGGAUGGCAGACAGGCUGUACGCAGGCGGCGAGGACUACACCAAGGAGUUUGACCCCGGGGACUAUCUCCGCACCUACUACGCCUUCGACUCGGGCCCUGUGGCUGAGAAUGAGAUCCUGAAAUUUAACCUGGAAAAUCUCUUCCAAACUUUCUCUGCAGGAGGUAUCGGCGGUGAUGUCCUGAUUGACAUAGGCUCAGGCCCCACCAUCUACCAGCUGCUGUCAGCCUGCGAGACCUUCCGGGAGAUCAUCGCCACGGACUACACGGAGCAGAACCUGCGUGAGCUGCAGCGGUGGUUGAGCCAGGAGCCCGGAGCCUACGACUGGUCCCCAGCCGUGCAGUACGUGUGCGAGCUGGAGGGAGACAGGAGCAGGUGGCAGGAGAAGGAGGCCCGGCUCCGGAGGACGGUGACCAGGCUACUGAAGUGCGAUGUGACCAAGCCUCACCCACUGGAGCCGGCCCAGGUGCCUCCUGCUGACUGCGUGCUCACCCUGCUGGCCCUGGAAAGUGCCUGCGCCAAUGUGGACGCCUACCGGGCAGCCAUGCGGGGCCUGGUGGGCCUGCUAAAACCGGGUGGCCAUCUGGUUACCAUGGCCGUUCUGCACUCUCAGUACUACAUGGUGGGCGACAAGAAGUUCUUUGGGCUCCACCUGGAGAGGGAGACGGUGGAGCAGGCAGUGCGAGAUGCUGGCUGCCAGGUGCUCAGGUGUGACCACCGCAGUCUCAGCUACUCGACCAGCUUCUCCAUCAGCGAGGGCAUCUGUUUUGUGGUGGCCCGUAAGGACCCCGCUAUCUGAGGCCAGCCCAGCUGGGUGUGGCCUACCCCACAGGGUCAGCCUUGGGCCUCAGGUCCUGCUUCCACGCGCUCUAAAAGUCACUCAAACCUUUAGUUCUACCCUCUUCUCGCCAAGGCCACAGGUGCAAAUCCAAGCUCCCCCCGCCCCCAGCAUCCAGCCCAGGGAUCUUUCCCCACACCCAUUUCUUGCUACCCUGCAUCAAUGAGCAUCAAAAUAAAG